GUUAUUGUGGUAUCGGAUGCUACAGUUCUGAAAGAAUUCAUGGAUAUGCGAAGCAAUGAAACCUCUGGUCGUCCGUCAUUUUACACUGGAAGUCUCAUAACGGACGGGUAUUUUAUCGCGGAAGCAGAUUCGACGACGGAUAUCUGGCGUAUGGGUCGAAAGGCAUUACAGACCCUGUUUGCCCCACAAAGUGUGAAUAAACAACUGCCAGUCGCGGUAGCAGAGAGUUCGCAACUUCUAUUUGAUUUACUCUGUUCGCCUCAAGGCUUCGAAAAGCACAUUGAUCGUUACACAUUUUCAAUAUUGUUGUCUAUAGCUUUUGGGAAACGCUGCCCGCGCCCUGACACGGAGGAAAAAAGACUUUUUUAUGAAGGGGUGAGACUCACCGUGCAGGUGGUGUCUACUGAGGGGCCUCCCGUCGAUCUCCUCCCUAUUCUUAAAUAUGUCCCGGAACGGUGGGCGCCAUGGAAAGGAAUAUGCAGGGAGGCGAGGACGCUGCAACGUCGAUUAUAUUUUGGGUUGUUGGAAGAGGCAGAAACAAGGCUCGCCAGAGGAGAAAGUACUAGUUGUUUAUGGAAGAAGUCAUUCAGCGUCAAGAAGAGCUCGGGAUGUCAAAGGACGCUGCUGCGUGACAUCCCCGGGCCAUUCUUCGGGAUCCUUCAUUUCUUUACUCAUUCUAUGUUUUGUUGCCUUCCCCCAUUGCGAAAGGCCCAAAAUGUGAUCAACUCUGUUCUACCGGACGGGCGACCACCCACAAUGGAUGACAUUGCAUCGCUUCCGUAUGUCCGUGCCAUCCUAAGAGAGGUACAUAGAUUGAAACCUAUGGCACCGCUUGGAAUGCCUCACGCGUUGCUAGAGACUCAAGAAUAUCGAAGCCAUGUUGCCCCUAAAGGUACAACCGUUUUCAUAAAUGCUUGUAUGCCUGCUCAAAUAUUAUCAGAGGUCUUUGACGAACCUGAGGUCUUUCGACCAGAGAGAUUCCUCCUCUCUGAACACGGGACAAAACCUGGUGUGGAUAGCAAAGACUGGCGUGCAAGUAUACCCUUUGGGAGCGGAAGAAGACUCUGCCCUGAGAUGAAUUUAGUCAACACAAACCUGGCGUUCACUAUUGCCACGUUGGUCUGGGCGUUUGAUUUCGCUCCUGCCAUUGAUCCAGCUACGAAGGCACCGAUCCCUGUCGAUAUCGAUUCGUAUGAGGAGGGUCUUGUCUUCAGACCUCGUUCGUUCACUUGUUCUAUUCUACCAAGAAACGAAGCAAAGGCCAGACUGAUCAGACAAAAAUUUGCUGAUGCGACUCCUGCUUUCUCAAAAUACGAGUUGUUCCUGACAAAGGAGGAGAAGUGA